AAAAGAAAAAAGAAUUAGUUGUUGAGUGAUAAUGCAAUAUUAUUUUGAUAACAUUAAUACAGUAUAUAAAUAUUGAAGAGUUUAUUUCAUAUCAGCAGAAUGUCUCCAAUACUUUUGGUGAUAACAGCAGUAUUUAUAUUGUAUUUGGGAUAUAUUUUUGUCACUGGAAAACCAAAUAAUACACCACCAGGAAUUAUUAGGCUACCAUUUUGGGGAUCAUAUUGGAUUCUUUUAUGGGGAAAUUACACAUAUCCUUAUAAAACAAUAGCUUAUUAUGUUGAGAAAUAUAAAUCGAAAAUAAUUAGCUGUUAUCUUGGAAACUCUUUUGUUGUUAUUGUCAAUGAUUAUGAUGGAGUUAAGGAAGUUCUCACGAGAAAAGAAUUUGAUGGUAGAUAUGUUAGUGACAUUAUGAAAAUUCGAGCAUUUGGAAAUAAAAUGGGAAUAUUUUUCAAUGAUGCUGUUGAGUGGCAUGAACAGCGACGAUUUGCAUUACGAAAUAUGAGAGAUUUUGGUUUUGGUCGUCGUCAUCAAGAAGUGGAAAAUAAUUUCGUUGAAGAAUUAACAGUGAUGCUUGAUACAAUUGACAAUGGACCAAUUAAUAAUUCAGAAAAAUCUGUGGUCAAUGGUGAUUUAGUAUAUUUUCCAAAUAUAUUAUAUCCAACAUGUGUCAACAUGAUAUGGUCAAUUAUGUCAGGAGAAAGAUUUGAUAGAUCAGAGCAUGAUAUUCUUCGUCAAUUUUGUAUUGAUGCAUCUACGUUUCAAGCUGGAGGUGAUACAACUGGUGGUGCUAGUUCAAUGACCAGCUGGCUACGUCAUUUUGGCAAUAUUUUUUAUUGCAAAGAUCUGCUUAAUGGAUAUGCUGGAAUGAUUAAUUUUCUCAAGCAAUAUAUUAAACAAAAUAAAGAAACAAUGAUUGCUGAAGACUCUCCUCGUGGUUUUAUUUCUACGUAUCUUCAUAAGUUAAAUAAAUUACAAAAUAACGAUGAACUUGGAUACUCAAUGAAACAAUUACUCAUGGUUGCAACUGAUUUUUCAUUUCCAGCUGGUUCAGCUGUACCAUUUGCCAUAACUCAAUGUAUUAAACAAGUGAUGCAUUAUCCAGAAGUCAUGAAAAAAGUACAAGCUGAAAUUGAUCAUGUUGUUGGUCGUGGACGAGUUCCAAAAUGGGACGAUAGAAAAGAUUUGCCUUAUACUGAAGCAACAAUUCGUGAAGUCAUGCGAAUUGAAACUCCCACACCACUCAGCGUUCCUCAUAGAGCCAUUAAAAAUACAAAAUUAUUUGGCUAUGACAUACCAGUGGACACAAUAAUAUUAACAAAUCUUGCUGCAAUGCACAAUGAUCCAGAUACCUGGGGUGAUCCAGAAAAUUUUCGACCUGAAAGAUUUUUAAAUGAUCAAGGUCAGCUGGGAAAAGACUACAGUAUGCCUUUUGGAAAUGGAAAACGUCUUUGUGCUGGUGAGACUUUUGCACGAUUUAUGGUAUUUGGUAUGUUUGCCACUCUUGUUCAACAUUAUGAUUUUUCUUUUGUCGAUGGAGAACCCAUGAGUCUGGAUGACAAAAUACCUGGACUAACUACACAGCCACGAAGAGCAUGGAUUAAGCUCAAUCCUCGUCAAUAAAUAUAUCUUUUUUUUUUUUUUUUUUACAAACGAGCGUAAUAUUUUUUUCGAAAAUUAAAUAUACAUAAACAGUAUAUAUUUUUUUAAAAUCAUUAUCAUUGUAACAUUGAGUGAUAUUUUAAUUCAUCCCAUUUAUUUAUUUAUUUUUUAAAUUAGCUGUAUAUUGUGGCAAAAAAA